AUGGCAUGAAAGGGACCCGGCGCGGCCCCAGCGGUGCCUCCCACUGAGAUCUUUCUCCCAGUCCCUGAGUCCUCCGGUGUUAUUUUACCCGUCCCUCUGUACCUUUCAGCCAAUCCCUCAGUGCUGUGGGUCCGUGCGAGCCGGUUCCCCGUGCCCUGAGUUCCAGCCGGUGCCGGGGUGUGUGUGUGCCGUCCCUGCAGGAUGGAGAUGCAGUAGGGCUGUGACCAUGGAGCACGAGGCCCCCACGAUCCGGCCGCGGCGCAUCCAGAACCAGAACGUCAUCCACCGCCUGGAGCGGCGCCGCGUCAGCUCGGGCAGGGCCGGCACCCACUGGCACCAGGUGCGCGUCUUCCACCAGAACGUCUUCCCCAACUUCACCGUGGUCAACGUGGAGAAGCCGCCCUGCUUCCUACGCAAGUUCUCCCCCGACGGCCGCUACUUCAUCGCCUUCUCCUCCGACCAGACCUCGCUGGAGAUCUACGAGUACCAGGGCUGCCAGGCGGCCGAGGACCUCCUGCAGGGCUACGAGGGGGAGAUCCUGGCCAAUGGCAACGACCAGAGGGCCGUCAACAUCCGGGGGCGGCUCUUCGAGCGCUUCUUCGUGCUGCUGCACAUCACCAACGUGGCCUCCAACGGGGAGCACCUGAACCGCGAGUGCAGCCUGUUCACGGACGACUGCCGCUACGUGAUCGUGGGCUCGGCCGCCUACCUGCCCGAGGAGCCGCACCCGCCCUUCUUCGAGGUGUACCGCAACAGCGAGUCCGUCACCCCCAACCCCCGCUCCCCGCUGGAGGACUACUCGCUGCACAUCAUCGACCUGCACACGGGCCGCCUGUGUGACACGCGCACCUUCAAGUGCGACAAAGUCAUCCUGUCUCACAACCAGGGGCUGUACCUGUACAAGAACAUCCUGGCCAUUCUCUCUGUGCAGCAGCAGACCAUCCACGUGUUCCAGGUGACGCCCGAGGGGACGUUCAUCGACGUGCGCACCAUCGGCCGCUUCUGCUACGAGGACGAUCUGCUGACGCUGUCUGCGGUGUACCCCGAGGUGCAGCGGGACACCCAGACAGGAAUGGCCAACCCUUACAAAGAGCCCUUCAUCAACUCCCUGAAGCACAGGCUGCUGGUGUACCUGUGGAGAAGGGCCGAGCAGGAUGGAAGUGCUAUAGCAAAAAGAAGGUUCUUCCAGUACUUUGACCAGCUGAGGCAGCUCCGCAUGUGGAAGAUGCAGCUCUUGGACGAGAACCAUCUGUUUAUCAAAUACACGAGUGAGGACGUGGUCACGCUGCGGGUGACAGAUCCUUCCCAGCCCUCGUUCUUCGUCGUGUACAACAUGGUGACCACGGAGGUCAUCGCCGUGUUUGAGAACACAUCUGAUGAGCUGCUGGAGCUGUUUGAGAACUUCUGUGACCUCUUCAGGAAUGCCACCCUGCACAGUGAGGCUGUCCAGUUCCCCUGCUCGGCUUCCAGCAACAACUUUGCGAGGCAGAUCCAGCGCCGGUUCAAAGACACGAUAGUGAACGCCAAGUACGGAGGGCACACGGAGGCCGUGCGGCGGCUGCUGGGGCAGCUGCCCAUCAGCGCCCAGUCCUACAGCGGCAGCCCCUACCUCGACCUGUCCCUCUUCAGCUACGAUGACAAGUGGGUGUCAGUCAUGGAGCGCCCCAAGACCUGCGGUGAUCACCCCAUAAGAUUUUACGCUCGUGACUCUGGGCUGCUGAAGUUCGAGAUCCAGGCGGGGCUCCUGGGGCGCCCCAUCAAUCACACCGUGCGGCGCCUGGUCGCCUUCACCUUCCACCCCUUCGAGCCCUUCGCCAUCUCGGUGCAGCGCACCAACGCCGAGUAUGUGGUCAACUUCCACAUGAGGCACAGCUGCACCUAGGGGGGCUCGGGGCUGCUCUGCUUGGGCCUCUGCCACAGGUGCACCAAAGCCAGACACUCUGGGAAAGCAAACCAACACUCGUGGAGAGAAGCCUCACCUGGGAGCUCCUACCAGUGGCAUCUCGCAGGGCCCUCAGCCUCAGCUGUGGAAAGAUGAUCCACCCCAGUUAUGAGGGUGGAUGCUUCUUCUGACCCUGUUUGUACUGUGGAGAUCCCCAUGCAUUAAGUGCUGCUGUCCUUCCCUGUUCCUGUGGAUGAACCAAACGUAGCUGAGGUUCCUUUCCUGGUUUCCCAGAGGCAUGGCUGUUUUCUGUCCUGCUGUGGGUCUAUGGAUGGCAGAGAUGGAGCUUUACAUCACACUUGUGGAGCACUCCCUUCUGCACUGGUGCUCUCCUACCAUGCUGGACAAAUGGCCUGUUGCAGAGGGGAGGGAUGGGAGCCAUGGGGAGGGCUUGGAUACAGCUACCCCUGUUUGUAUCUUCAGAAUUGCUGGGGAAAUGAGAUCCUGCUCUCAUCCACACAAUCUGCUCAUGCCAUUUUAAUAUGCAAGAGGUCAGGAAAAAAAAAAAGUGUGAGAA